CGCUGGCUUUACAGGCCGUCUCUUUCAUCUUCCCCACUGUCCGCCUCCCGACAAAAACUCUGUAGACGGCCACGAACAACCGAGGCGCAGUGGUCUGAAUUGCGGUGUUUUUCUGGUGGGAUAGAAUGCUCAAGGGGUCUGUUACGCCGACGCGAUGCCUCGUAGUGCUGGUCGCCGCGUCCUGCGUCCUACUCUUCGCCCUCGUCCCACGUUAUGACCUUCUUGACGAUCCGCAGAAUGCCAAAGUUCUGGCGCCCCGCCAGAAUGGCGGUGGUCUGUUCGGUGGUGGCUUUGGGGAGACGACGACGAGCGCCGGCACCACGGGCAAUACUGCUACCACCUCGCAGACCUCCACUUCUACGGCGACAACCUCGUCCACUUCCACUUCCACGACCUCAUCGACCACUCAGACCUCAACCACUACCACCCAAGCAACUACGCAAUCCACGACCUCUUCUACCACUUCUACCACGAGUCCGACAGACGCGAAGACCUCGACCACCUCCGCGGAUAGAAGUAAUACCACGCCGACCACGACUGCAUCCCCGGUCACAACGGCUGUCCUGACUACACAGUCAGAUGGAGAGCUCGUCACGGUCGUCAUAACAAGCACCCCUUCAGCGUCAUCUCCUACUAGUUCGUCGGCCGCCGACAACAGCGACGACGAUGGCAAUUCGUCGAGGAAUAAGACGUCGACUAUCAUUGGUCUCUCCGUCGCAGGCGGCGUAGCCUUGAUUGGCCUAGUUGGUUUCUUAGUCUGGAAGUUUACUCGUAAGCGGUUCGGCGACGACGACUUCGACGACGUUGACGCUAUUAAAUGGCCUGAUCUCAACAACCACGGCGCGAGCACUGUGCCAGCAGCAACUUCAGCACGUGGUCUCGAGGCCGGUUCCCCUUCAGACAUUUCUCGUGCCCCCAGUCGGAUGAACGAUGGUUACGCCGCAUCCGUGGCCGCCUCGUCCACCACCGAGCUGUAUCCAGCUGCUGCAGAUCCCUACGCAGUCCCUCCCCUUCCGCAUCUCAACCCUAAUCAGCCUUACCGCGACGACCCCGGUGCAUACGCCGCAGCCUACUACGACCCAUAUCGCGGGCCUGUACCACAAACAUUCAAUGACACUGAAUCCGUGCACGGCGCAGGUGGGGAAGCAAUACCCAUGACCCAGCUGGCUCCCGCAGCGAACAGGGCGAGGAGCCCUGCACCAGCAAUGGCGUAUGACAUGACGGGUCGCGCCUCUCCCCAACCGUCCAUGAUGGGGCGGGCGUCGCCGGGACCUCAGUUUGCGUACGGUAGAGCGAGUCCUGGACCGCAAGUAGGUUUGGGACUCGGCGGUCCCGCAGGCGUACCUAUGGCAGGAAGGGCAUCCCCAGGCCCGCAGAUGGCGUACGAGGCAGGGCCUCGGUAGCGCCGGGGGUGGGUGGGAGAUGGACCCGUCGGUGAUCGAGUAUCGGUAGAAUUUGGAAUAGCUGUCUUCGCCAUUGCUGUGUUAAUUAAGCAUACCCUAGAUUCGUCUUGCUCGAGAACUUCGGAUGUCUUCCCGUUGCAUCAUUCCCACUAGUAUGAGUCGUUUCACCCUGUCCUCCUGAAGCGCCCCCUUCACCGUAUCGCAUCAAUCCUUCCCGUAGGCAGCAUUCACGCAACUCGGACAGUCUCUUGUAUCUGGACCAGCAGGUCCCCCAUCAGCAAUAGCUUCGUUCUUCUGCGCAGCCUACCCAUGAGCGUUCGUCAACAUAUUCCCUCCUAAUAAAUUGCAUGGAUCUUUUCUUUCAAUAUACAACAUUG